AUGGGUAUGAUGUUUCGAGAUAUCAUCAAAGGUUCUAUCAACCAGUAUACUAGGAAAAAUAGUUAUGCAGCAUUUGUGAACACAAUACAAUUGCAGCAUAAAUGUUGUGGUGCAAAUUCAGUCAUGGAUUAUACUGUGAGCAAUCUCUCAAUACCAGUUUCAUGUUAUCCUGACAAAGCCAAAAUACCGCAUAAAAAAGUAAGUGCUGAUUAA